CCCUUGCAACCUUCAAGGUUACUUAAAACAAAACAAAUUUUCUGAUAUUUUUUUAUCAUUCGUAAAACCGGACAAUAUUAUUUUAUCAUAUUUACAAUUUACUGGAAUAUAAAAAUGGAUGAGUUUCGUAAAUCGGACAUCCCAUUCGAAGCACUAAGCGGUCAUGAGCCGUCAAAGCACGUAAAGAUACCCCAGGACAUAGUCAAAUGGCAGCGUUCGGAAGCUUACUAUGACCUUUUGGGUUUUAUAAAUGCUGUCAGUUAUGCAAUUCAAGGCAAACGCAUUAAUGAUCCGAAUAUUUACAUCUCACCCACAAUGAAGAAUGUUGUGGGCAUUUUCGAUAAGCUCAAUAAGCUCGUUGAUGAAUCCCCUCCGGUUGAUCAACCAACUCGCUUCGGAAACAAAGGCUAUCGUGUUUGGGCUCGUAAAAUGCAUCGCGAUAUAUUCGUAUUUAUGAAAGAAGCCUUACCCCAAGAGAAGUGUGAUUUGUUCAGUGAACUAGGAGCAUAUUUGAGCGAGUCUUUUGGCAACUCAGUCCGCAUCGAUUACGGAACUGGUCAUGAACUAUCUUUUAUAUUCUUCCUUUGUGCGCUUUUCAAAGCUAAAAUAUUCACAGAAGAGGACAGUAUAGCUUGCGCACUCCGUCUGUUUAACAGCUAUUUAAUUUUUGUGAGAAGGCUGCAGAAGGAGUAUCAUUUAGAACCAGCUGGUAGUCAAGGAGUUUGGUCUCUUGACGAUUUUCAAUUUGUUCCUUUUGUUUGGGGUAGCGCUCAGUUAUCUUUCAAUAGCCCCUUCGAUCCGGCCCGUUUUCUUGAUGAUGACAUAAUAAACGAGUACAAAGACGAUUAUUUGUUCAUAGGAUGCAUCGAUUAUAUCAAACAAGUAAAAACCGGACAUUUUGCGGAACAUUCUAAUCAGCUAUGGAGUAUUUCUGCAGUGCCCAGUUGGACAAAAAUUAACAGUGGUCUAGUGAAAAUGUACCAAAAGGAGAUUUUAUCCAAAUAUCCAAUUAUGCAGCAUGCACUUUUUGGCAAAUUAUUACGUUUUGAUCCCGUUACACCAGGAACAGCCCUGCCUGUCGCUCGUCUAGGUUUUAUACAUCCAUCGUCCACGAAAUCUUCUACGAAUUCAUCGAGUUCGGGUAAAAGUGGUUCGCAAAUAUUAGAAACAGAGAAGUACGACACCUCUACACAAAGCGUGGCUAAAUCUCCGAAAUCAUCAGAGGAGGAUCAAUACAAAAACGAUAAGCCCACUGAUGCAGCAGAAAAUCCAGUAUAAAGCAAAGGGAGAACCCAUGGUGUCAUUAAAGUCGGAAUGAUCCAUCUAUGUAUUAAACAACCUAAUUGGCUGAAAAUUUCAUAAUGGUAUUAUCGAACGCAUAGUUUUAUUGAAAUGUCUGAGUAAUCGCUUUAUAUUGCCGUCUAAUCGGAGAUGAGCGAAAUUGGGCACGCCUCCAACUGCAAACUGCAUUCACUUAAUAUCUGGACUGCAGACAACAACAACAAAUACAAAUUUCAUAUAAAUAAUCGUUAAAUAUAAAUUUCUUUACUCAUACAUAAGUAUGUAUGCACAGAUA